AUGUCGGGAAUUCACCGAUUUGGUGCGACAGAGUAUGUCGAAGUGUACCGCAUCCAACAACGCGAAGUUGAUGGCUAUCAGCCUCACCAGCGACGGUUGAGCGACACCGAAGCGCGCGCCCAACCCAAUGUGGCGUGCAGUGAACGCGACAAGUUUCUGUCAUGCGAGUCGUACUUGGGAGUAAAGCCGUGGAACAGUGUGGACAAGACAAUUCUGAGGGGUGCUCGAUAA